CGGCCGAGCUGCCGGCGGGAACACGAGGGGAGACGGACUGUAUACAGAGCCCGGGAGCUGCAGCUCGGCAGCCAAUUUGUUUUCGUCAUGGCUUCUCGGUCACCGUCGUCAUCCCCAGAUUCGGCCACAGGGUCUGGUACUGAUCCGGCGCGACCUGAUACCGGAGAACCGCUGGGCGGUUCGGAUUCGGACUCGGACCCGAGCUGUGCAGCAGCGAAUGAGGGAGCCCGACGGGAAAGCGCAGAAUUGGAGGCGGAAUUCGAAGCCGCGGCGGAACGGCUGCCCACACUUCUACAGACCGCUAGCAGGGAGCAGCUGCUUUACUUGUACGCCAGGUACAAACAGGUCAAAGUUGGAAAAUGUAACACAACAAAGCCCGGCUUCUUUGACUUUGAGGGGAAACAGAAGUGGGAGGCAUGGAAGCAGCUGGGAGACAUGAGCCCAAGGCAGGCCAUGCAGGAAUACGUGGCCACUGUGCAGCUGUUGGACCCAGAAUGGAAUCCCAAGCUGUUGGACAGAAAACCAAAAGAGAAGAAAAGUGGAUUUGGCGGCCCAGUGCUCAGUUCUCUGUAUCAAGAAGAAACGAUCCGGGAAGAAGACAAGAAUAUAUUUGAUUACUGCCGGGAAAAUAACAUUGAAUAUGUCACCAGGGCCAUCAAUUCAAAGAAGGUGGAUGUUAAUCUUAAAGACGAGGAGGGCAGAGCACUCCUCCACUGGGCUUGUGAUCGAGGGCACAUUGACCUUGUGUCCAUGCUUCUCCAGAAUAAUGCUGACAUUAACAGCCAGGAUGACGAAGGACAGACGGCUCUGCACUACGCAUCGGCGUGCGAGUUCGCCGACAUCGUGGAGCUGCUGCUGAAGGCCGGGGCCGACCCGCUAAUCAAAGACCAGGAAGGCAGCCUGCCGGAGGAGGUGACCGAGUCCAAAGACAUCUCGUCUCUGCUACGCCAGUACGCCGCGCCCAAAGGCUGAAGGCCCGCAGUGAUGCCACUCUGUAAAUAUGAAACAGCAAAUACAGGCAACGUGCUAUUUAACAGCC